UGCUACGGUUGCCUAGCAACCCACAGUCUGGGUGUAUUUAACGUUUUAAAAAAAAGUUGCGCUUUCGCAGCUCGUCCAGCAUGUCUGAAGCCAUCUAUCCACCAGAGAGCGUGUACAACUGCAUCCCAAAGGAGCAGGAGGAAAUUAAAAACCCGCCACGGUAUGUAUCCAAGCACAAGCCAGCUGUCGUUCUUGAGCAUAACUUAAACAAAAACGCGAAGAAAACGAUGGGACCCCCGAAGCUGGAACCGCCGUCUCCGGAGAAGUACCUCAAAAAGCAUUCGAAGCAGCUCGAACCUCCCCAGAAGGCAGAAGAUGUCCCCAAGAUUUAUGCUUGCGGCGUGAGAAGGCCGCCGGUCCCUGGACAGACCGACAGGCCACUGAUGGGGAUCCAGACCAAGAGGGAUUUCUUACAGUCGACUUCAUUAGUUCCCAAGAAGCCCAAGGCCUCAUGUGUGGAUACAAAGAACGGAGAUAAACAGUACCUGGAAAACUCUGGACUUGUCCCCAAAUACAUCCUGAAAAAGGGUUAUGGUGAGGUACCCGCGUACCUGCGGCAGCGCAGUGAGGCUGAGCAAAAGGCUCAGGAGGAGUAUGAGCGCUUUGUAAGGGAGCAGAACGUCAUGCCACAGCUGUCAGACGAGGAGCAACUCGCUGCCAUAGAGGGCCUGAAGAAGAAGUGGGAUGAACUCCAUCAUGAAUACCAGGGCCUUCCUCUCAUCAUCGACACCUUGUCGAAGAAAACCCGCAAGAUCCGUCUGGAGGAGCAAAUGAGUCAGCUGCAGAAGGACAUCAGCUUCUUAGAACGGUUCAAAACCAUCUAUAUUCACAAAAAUUAGCCUCUGAUGGCUUCGGAUGUCUUUAACCCGCUCAUACUCCCGAUGUGACUUUGGAGGAAUAAAAUUCUCUCUAUCCAUUGCAGCUUUCCUGUGAUCUCUAAAGCUGUGCUAGUUUUAUUGCAGUGAAGACCUGUGGCUAUAUCUGAUGU